AUGGAAUUGCAGUCAUCAUCAGAACAAGAUCAGCAUGGUCAGCAACAAGUGAUACAUUCCAAUCAGUUUCAACAACAGUCAGCGGCGUUCCAUGAGCGGGUGAUGUCAUUUGAUCGGAAGACGGUACCAUUUAAUGAGUUCCAAGGGCAGAUGUUGCAGUUUCAGAGACAGAUGGUGCGAAACAACGAGUUUGAUCAGCAACUGGUGCCAAGUAGAUCUUUUCAGAAUUUGUCUCAAUCGGAAGUUUUGAGCAUUUUAAUAGACAUGUGGGCUUGUAUGAGAAAACUUGAUAAUAUGGUGCAACCCGUGUCCCAAGUUCAAAAGGUUGAGAUAGCAAUUGAAUCGUUAUGCCUUGGUGAUUCCGUAGAUGUUAAUGGCUUUCAAGAACGUAUUGAUUAUCUAACGAAUAUGGCGAGUUUGCAAUUUUAUGGAAGUGGAUAUUUGGGUUAUCAACAACAAUGUCGUUCGACGAUACUUAAGAUCGAUGUUGUUGAAACCAAUGAAAUAGUGUUGUCAUCAAUCAAAGAUGGUUCGAAGGACGUGGUUAAAGAUCAGCCGAAUAUGAAUCAUAAUGAUCAUAGUCACAUUCGACAUUCUGGCCCUUCCAAUCAAGUUUCAAGUUCCUCACAAUUUGAACGCCAAGAACAAUGUCAUUUCAAGUCAACCGGGGUUGAUUUAGCCGCAACAAAUGAGAUGGAGUUAUCAUUAGUUAAGAGUAGCUCAAGACAUAUGGCUCAAGAUCAAAAUAGUGGUUCUUCCGAUGAUGAUAGUCAUGUUCACUCUGGUUUUAUAGCCAACGUAGCUUCAGAUUUUUCAAAUCUCAGUCACCAGGAACAAGGCCGAUUGACAAUGAUUGAGAGUGAUGAGACUAGAGACACAUUACCGACAGCUGACAAAAUAUCCAAGGAAUCAAUCUGCAAUUAUCGACAGCAUGGUGUAGUCGCCGAGUCAGUUUUCACUUCUUCACAACUUAGUCAGCAAGAUCAAUUAACGGUUCUCGGUAUUGAUCAAGCUGAAACAAGCUCAACCACAUUGUUGGGAGCUGCAACUAAAGGUCAUUUGAAGACACAAGGUAAAGAACGGGCUGAUAUAGGCAAGAUCAAACUGCCGGAAGCAGAGAGUGCCCCGAAAAAGAGGAUUAGAGCAUUUUAUGUUGAAAAGAUAGUGACAAAAAAGGAUGAUGAUAUGAAGUCGAAGGUUGAUGAGAAUAGAGAGGACAAUGAAGAUAAGCGGUUGAUGAAUGAUGAAGCUGAGAUAGAAGUCGUUAGUUUGAUUGAAAAACGGCAGGUCGAGUUGCAGUUAUUAGGUGAUAAUAAUCACCCAUCUCAUGCAUUGUUAAGAGAGACCAGUGUAGCAUUAACAAUCGACGAAGAAGAGAGCUGCAAGCAAACUGAUUCUGAUGCAGUUAGCGGUUUUGUCAUCUCCAACCCGGUUUUCAUACAGUUCAGCAGUCAGUCAGAGGUAAGAUGCAACCAGCCGAUUACUUUUCCAUUGAUUGUGAAAGGUCAAGAUUUGUUAGCAGUGAGUGACAAGAAAGGGGCCAAAGAAAAUGGUUAUGAUACAGUCAGUAGUGCUACCGCAACAAAUCCAGUUCUUAAGAAGUUUAACAACCAGUUUGAGGUACGACACGAGAGGGUGACUACUUAUUCAUUGAAUAUUCAAGGUCGACACUUGUAA